AAGCUUCAGAAGGGAACCCCCAGUUGCUGACCAAGGCUGAAGAAUAUGUAGAAGUGAAACUAACCAUUUUCAUUCUCCCCCUGGCAGGCAAGCCAUGGCAGCCCCCGAUCUUGUGAGUGUUUGCAAAAGAAGUUCUUGUUCCAUCUGCCUGGAUUAUUUACUGACCGUGUCUAUCGAUUGUGGGCACAACUUACUGCCGCGACUGCAUCAGCACGUGCUACAAAAAGAAGAUCAGUAGGCCAAACUCUCCGCCCUCAGUGCAGACGGCACGAGCCCUGAAAGGAAAUUCAGUGCCCAGCCGGGAGUUAGCAAACUGUGGCUGAAAUAGCCAACACGGCUGAGUGGCCAAGGCUGCUCACCGGGGCAGGAAGAGAGAGGGUGUGUGAACCCCACCAGGAGGGUCUGAAACUGUUCUGCGCAGGAGGAUCAAACCCCCAUCUGUCUGAUCUGCAGAAGAGUCACGGGGCUCAUCGCGCUCACACUGUGGCUUUCCCAUAGAGGAAGUAUCACAGGAUUACAAGGAACAAUUCCAGACCUGACUGCAGGCUCUGAAGGAAGAGAAGAGAAAAGCUCCUGGGAUUGAAACUGACCAGAGGAAGGAGAAGCCCAGAGUACCUGCGUGGAGAUCUCACCCACUCAGAUGAGCAUACGGGGUCCACGCGCCAAACGCUCUCCUGCCUGGAGUAGGCAAGAGGUGUUGGAUCUCCUUGGCCUGUGGGGAGAAGAGCCUGUGCAGGCACAGCUCCAGUCCAGCCGUAGAAAUGCAGAUGUCUAUGAGAAGAUCUCUCAGGGCAUGGUGGCGAAGGGCUACCAGAGGGACCUGCUGCAGUGUCGCGUGAAAGCAAAGGAGCUGCGGCUCGCGUACCAGAAGGCAAGGGAGGUGAACGGUCGCUCUGGUGCAGCACUGCAGACGUGCCCCUUUUACAAAGAGCUGCAUGCUAUCCUCUGCAAUGACCCCACCCCCAAGAGCCGCCUGGAGGAGUCGGAGUCCCAGGGCACCGCAGGCAGUGGUGCGUCGGAGCUGCUGGAUGAGGAAGAGGAGGAGACGAAUAAGAGACAGGCGAGCGGAGGGUCCGUUGUCCUGGGGGGACAGGAGCUGUUUGUAACCCCGGAGCCAUCCAGCCAGUUGCAGCACGGCAGCAUGGCUGACCGUGAUGCUGGGGAGGGUACCUCUGCCAGGAGCGCAGCCUGGGGCUCUCCCUCCACGCCGUCGGCGGGGCUCUUCCAGAUAAGACGAAGGUCAAAGAGAACAUGUGAUGAUGCGCCACAUGAGACAAUGAACGCCUCUGGGAGGGCGGACACCGAGCCGAGGACCGCUGUCUUGGAAAAAAUGGACAUUAUGAGCAGGGCGCAAGCCAAGGAGACUGAGCGUCGCAUGCAGCAGGAGGUGCUGGGGAUUCUGAAGGAACAAACAGACAUUUUGAGGCGUCUGCUUGACCUUCAGGAGCGAUACUUUAAGUCUCGACUCCCACUGCAGCACAUCCAGAACAGCACUCUAACAUCGCCCUACUUCCCCUCCCCUCCUCGCACACAUUCCACUUGGCGGAGGGACCCGAUGCAGUAUCCCUUCUGCUCAGUCCCCGGGGAGGGUGCAUGGAAUCCCAGCCGCCCAUUCACUGACGUGUGACAGGCCGGGCCCCUGCACCUUUAAACAGAAGGUGAAUGUGCAUUCCCCCUCGCAGUUGUAUAUUCCCCUGGGGUUUCCAGGUUUUACCUCCCUGGCACGUAUUUCUGUUUCUGUGUGAAAUAAAAGUCCAUUUCUUGAAAA